GGAAGGGAAGGGAAGGCAAGGGAAGGGAGAGGGAGCGCCCAGAUCCACGGCGGCAUCAGCGCGCCGUCCUCGACCUAAUCCGCGUCCGUCCACACAUGGGAGCUAAUCAACGCAGUAAAUCCCCGUCCCCGCGUCCGAGCCCCGCCACCCUUCGCAACGGCUCGACCGCCCAUCGACGCGCUGCCCACGCGGCGCCGACCAGUUCGGCUCUCAUGGCUGGUGGACGCGCCCUUGCUGUUGCCGAUGCCAGCUCGCUGUGCCGCACUGGCCCUCACAAGCGUCUUCUGUCAAUGAUGGACUUGAGAGGUCAAGGAGUUUCCAUUGGGACAUCGGGACAUGCUCCUCCAUCUCCUUUUAUGGACGACAUCCAACAUCGCCAGUUCAUGCACUUAUGGACUGAAGAAAAAAAUGGAAAUGAAGAAGAAAAGAAUAGCAAUAUUAUCAUAUGCGAGUCUAACAAACAUCUUGGAGGUGUGAAUGCUUUCUUGGGUCUGACAAGUAAUCAAUAAUUGAUGGUAUACUGGGAUUUUCCUCAUACUUCUAGCACUUCCUCAUUGACAAUAAAGCAAGUACUAUCACAACAAAGGCUAUCCAGGUAUUUUUUUUCAACUAUAAUCCUUCCAGCUUUAGGGACUGCUCAAUUGGAUCUGCACAAUCCAACAAAAUAAAUGUGCAUAGAGUCUGCGACACUUUCUUCCGAUCAUCACGAAGGUAGUUGUAGGAGUAAAAAAGUAUGUCAUACUGUUUUUUCAGUUCAAGCCAAAAGGCUAGGACAGGUAAUACUUGUUUUUACAGUACUUGUGCAAAAAGUAUGUCAUACUGUUUGCUCUAGAUGAUUUUGAUGACUUUCACAACCUUAUUUUCCGUUGUAUACCCCAAGAAAUGGUUUGCUUUCAUAGGGUUUAUUGAAUCCAGGAAAGAACUGUGAGUAGUAGCGAACCAGAAAUGAAAAGUUUCAGAGAACUACGAAAACUCCGGUCAGUUUUGUCGGGAUCUUGUGACACAGUUCCAGGACUCUAUUGACUAAGGUAAUGAUAUAUAUGUGUGAUUUAUCUUGUUAAAACUUUUAGUGUUCACUUAGAGGUGAGUGCAACGAGUAACUGAAUUUAGACUACGAACUAGAGUAUGACAGUAAAGUUAGGAGCAUGAUGGAGAACACAUGGGACAUUGAGGACUAAUGGUCAACACUUAAAUCUUGCUUUACAUAUAGUUCAGUUCCAAGUAGUCUGAUACAUAGAUGGCGAGGGGAGUGCUGAUUUGGGGUUGAUUUUGGUAAUUAUAUAUUUUCCUUGAUGACUAUCAUUUUGUUGUCCUACAUGUGCUAUAUGAUAUGCAUAACAACUUGAGAGCACCUUUGCUUCUCUUGAUGUGCUUCGUCAUACCGUUUUUUAAAGUGCACAAGCAAGCUUGCAAGUGAUGACAACUACUAUGACCUACAACCUUGAAUCUAGGUUUUUGGGGUUGAACAUAGGGGCACAACACGCUCCCUCGUCUAACUAGUGAAGCGUAAUGAAGGAAAAGCUACAGUAUACAAAUCAUUACCGUCAUUCAGUUUGUCCAAAACUAAGAAAAGCUCUUUAAAAAAACUGGGAAAAGCUCACGUGAUGGAAUGAGAUGAGAUUUCAACAUCAUGAUUGCGUUUUAUAAUUUGAACGACCAAAGUAGAUGGUCCAGUCAGCCCGUGUUUGACAAUAUGAAGGGACAAACUUGUUGAUCCAUUAUCUGGCCAGGAUAAUACAAUAAUUCAGAGGGCUUAGAUAUGGAUAAUAGAUCUGACCUAAUCUAGCAAGGUGAGUGACUCAAUUGCACAUGUGCAAAAUGGAAGUUUAAACUGAUGAAAGUCCUUUUGCGAUGACAAUGAUAGAGAAGAUUUGAAAGAUCUUGGUUGGCGUGGGGCAACUUGUGUUCCUGGAUGGGGGCGCCGUCCGGUGGCAGUGGGGUGUGGCAGUUGCCGCAGCUGGGCACAACCGGGAGUCCACCUAUCCAGAACAUCCAACUAUUUCAUCUGGUGAACUGCGAAGAGCUUCUGUGUGCAUCUCCGUUAUGUUUAACUACGACAGGCUUAUGUUAUCUUAUCGCGGACUCAUUUUUCAGUUUGUGCCCAACGUGACUGCAUGUAAAUAUGUAAUAUAGCAAUUUUGUUCUUCCUUUUUGUUGUUCGAUUGACUCUGUAUACCAUCUCAAAUGUCAUUCCCUUUAUAGCUAGCACAUCAUCUCCAAAGAAUUUAUUUAAGUUGAAAUCCAGUAAUUAUAUGUUGAUCGCAUAAGCAGGCUGAUGGUAUCUUCGUCGAAUUUUUUUAUUCCUUCUCUAUGGAACUAAAACUGUUCUUUCCUGAAUAGAUUGGAUCGCAAAGAACUAAACCUAUGUACAAUGUCUCUAGGCAUAUUCUGAAUUUGCAGAAUUAGCACAAACCUAAAAGCAUAUAUGCAGCUCCCAGAUGUUGCGGGCUAGAGGAAGGGCAGCACUCAUGCGAUACCAUGUAUCUAGUAGUGGUUUCGUUCCCCAGACGCUAUGCAUUUAUUGUCUGGUUUGUUCAUAUUUGUUAGCUCUAUGUUAACCUUCUUUUAGGUACUUCCCAUGAUUUUCUUUGUAAAAAACCCCAGAAAUAUAUAUAGGUGUAUUUUCCCGUAAAGAUGCUAAAUUUUGUUGGUCUUAUUUAUGGGAUAGCGGAACCAUUUUUGUGUGCACUUAAUCGUCAGGUUGGAUGCGCCGGGUGUAGGAGUUUUGAGCUGAUUAACACCAAUACUGCUUCUAUAUCCACCUCUACUAUUAUUGCUUUUAUAUUUCCUUAUUUCAUGUCUUUGUUUCCAGUAGGCCACGCAACCCUUUUCUACUAAGUUAUAUACACCCAGUAUGUUGGUCUUGUGGCCUAUAUGUAGACGAAAUAUUUUAGGUCUGUACGAAUAAUUUCUAUGUCAUUUCAUAUAGUAUCAUGUUGACGCUAUGAGCAUCGAUUGACAUAUAAGAUGAAGGCUUCACUUUGUUUUCGGGUUUGUUUCCCGUGUUUACUGCCAUCUUCACAUUCCCUUGAGAUACUUUAGCUGUCGCUACUCUUUUCAUUUAUGUAAAAAGUAAAAUACAUUUUCUUUGAAACUUGAUUAGUUCAACUUCUAUACUAUCUACCUUUUUGGGGACACUGCAGGACAUGGUUGAUUAUCAUGUCAGUGAAUUCUGGCGAGAAUGAACCAAGUGAGCUUUUGCAGCUGGUCUAUUCAAAAUGGAUGAACGGACCAGUUAGUGUACAUAUAAGUUUGCACUCUAUCUUCCUGCUCAUUCAUGCAAUGUGUUCAUGGGAGACUUGUUUUAGGAAAUCAUAAAAUAAUUUUUCUUUCUCUGCGUACUACUCCAGCUUUCAAGUGCUAGGCUUCAAUAAAUCUGAAAUUUCUAUCGCUCGAUUUGCAGUGUUUAUUUUACGGUUACCACUGGGAAAUGCUUCCUUUUAAUCAUUUUUAUCUGGUACACACCAUUGUAAGUGUAUUAUUUAAGAAAUCAAGUCCAUUCUGGAAGAAUAUUCACUCAUGAUAGUUUUGAGUUUCGGUAAAACAGAAUGUGUACAUUCAUUUUAAAAUUGUCCAACGGAUAAUAGAUUGUUCCGCGUAAAAUAAAAUGAUGCUUAUAAAAAUAUAUGCUCGAUUAGGAUGUAACGAUGAGUGAUGCUACUUGGGAUGAUGCUCAAUUAGGUAGAGGACACAUCAAUGGUGGGGUAGCCUUAGGCAUAGCUAAUAGGUGGAGUAGGAGAAGAUGUACAUAUGAUGGUGAUGUGAGCACAUAUAUAGGAGUGAAGCUAGUAAAAAAAUACAACAAGCUUGCAGCGAGAAGAGGAAUGGAAGAGGAUUUGGAGGAGAGGAGAUGGGGGCCAUGGUAUAAAUUUAGAGGAUUAGGAAAAGGGUGUGCACAUGAUGGCGAAAUGAUAUGGAGUAAGCAAAUGAUAGAACAAUGGCGUAGCCGAAUGUGAUGAGGGGGCAGGGGAAACCGGUCAAGAUGGCGUCCGAGGUGAUAGGAACCAUGGCAGAAUUGUGUCAGAGUAGUAAAAGUUACUCACAUGACAAUGUGAUGACAUGGUGGCUUCAGAGAAUCUGAUGAGCAAAAGAACAUGGAGAAAGAUUAUAGCUUGUAUUCUUAAUAACAUGUGUGACAUAGAUAAAGAGAGUUAAAUGAAACAUAUUUGAUUGAUGAUUAAAUUGGUUUGUUAUUCUUUAGCAACAUAUUUAUAUGAACUAUUUUACCAAUGAGAAUGCUAGAGCAGGGUCCUGUGAAGGAAGACUACUAAUAGAAUAAUAAAUUAUUUUUGAAAAGGUGGAGAAAUUGGAUCUGCCUUCUUUUGGGGAAGGGGGGCAUCAUGGGUGGCGCACGCCACCUCCCCUUGAUGGUGGUGGUGAAUUGGCACUAACAUUGGGACGUGAUCAGGGCGGAGCAUGGGGCGCUUGGCGGGGGAGUCGUUGGCAGUCCGUGGAGAAGUACCGUGUUUGAGAGAGGGUGUCAUGGCGAAGAUGAGGCGGGCAUCAUCCUUUUUUAAAGGAGAGGGCUCUAGUGAGAAAUGUCGAGUGCGAAGGGGAGGUUUUGGUAGAAAAACAUGAAGGCCCCUUGUGAGGUGGAGUUUUUUGUGUUGGGACCAUGUGUUAGAGAUAAGAAUAGUUUGGAUAACCAUAUUUCUCCCCAACUUAUGGGCUGCAUUUGGGAAGCUUGGACUACUGAGACUAUUGAAUUUUGGGGAGCCUGCUAUCGUCCGUUUGACGUCAGCAUAACAUACGAGGGAGAAAUGAGUUUCGACCUUGAAGACGAUGUUAAUCAUUUAUCUAGUUCAUUUAUAUGCAUUGUAGACCGUAGCAACGCACGGGCAUUCUACUAGUGUACUUGGUUAAUCAACUUAAUUAUGGGGAUGUCAAUUUUUUUGAUCUACCACUUGGAUUUUUCCUAUGGUCAUGAUCGAAAAUGUUCAUCCCACUUUUAAUUUUCUUUAUCCUUGUUCAUACUUUUUUACUCCUCAUCGGUACUCUUAUCAUAUAUCCAUUUCAGUCGAUCGCCGGCAAGGUUCCAUCGACUCCGAUGAACAUGCUCGGCCUAAGAAGAAGAAGACCACCACCAAGAAGAAGAAGCGGGCACCAUCCACAUGUUUGUCGGCCUCGGAUCCGGAUGAUGAGGACUAUGUUGGGGAGGAAGAGGAUGACAUUGCUCCAAGACACUCUGUUGGCCAGUCAAAACUAGGCACUCGAAGGGCUCCCGUGCCUCAGGUCUGUGGAGCUAUGCUACCAACUGAGCUUGCGUUGGUUUCCCCUUGAAGAGGA